AUGGCUGAGACUCGUGUCAUUCCAAGUGGGAAAGUCUACCGCCAGAUGUUUGACGCCCAGGUUCAGCUGUCAAGGUCUCUACAUGAUACUCGGAGGAAACGUGAGACUAAUGAAGGAUUCUUACCAAGGGACAACCCUCCUCUUAGUAGGGACACAGACACUGGUCUGCAGCAGCAGAUUAGAACUCUUCAGGCUGAAACCCACCAAUGCUCAGAGGAAAUGGCUGUUAGGGACCAACUGUUCUCAGGCAUCAAGCAUUGCCAGACGAGUGAGGAGCAGCUUGUUGAGGAGGAGAUCCGUGGACUACCUGAUCAUGUUGUGGCAGAAAAGCCAGGGUCAGACAUCAUUGACCGCCUGAUGGAGAAAAAGCAGAGGAACCACCUAGAGGCUGUGGGACAGUUGUACAGGGACCUUUCUGUGCUCAGUGUGGAGUAUGAGACAUUAUUCAGGCAAACUGGGCAAGAGGUGCUGCACCAACUCUCAGUGUAUGAUGGCAAUGUGGAGAGACAAAUGCAGAGGAUUGAAAAUAUUUCUGAUUUGGAGAAGUUCACCUUACAGGGACUUCAUGAGUUCUGGGAUACAGUGAAACAAGAGUCAGUGAUUAGGAGGAAGUGGAUAAAGGAUCUGGAUGAUACCCUGGCUAAGUAUGAGUCUGACAGAACAGCCAUGAUUGCAGCAUUGCUGAGAAAAUACACAGGGAAACUGGAAAAAAUCUGCUACGUAAUGCCUUCGGAUAUCCACCGACUGAUCAAUAGAGAAGCCAUGAUGAUAAACCAGGCUAUUCUAGCAAAUAGACGAGCAGUGGCCAAGCUCUACCUGAACCUGAUGGAGAAUGAUCUACAGAAGGAGGUAUUCCAACGACUCAGAUGGGAGGACAAACUGCAAGACUGGAAGAGCUUUAAGGUCCUUGGUGUGGUCAGCAGGUUCAAAGAUUUCAUGGGAAGCCCUCCAAUCCAGUGUCCCAAGGACGUACAAGCUAUUCUGGACACCAUGAGUGCAGCACAGCAAUCUUUUAGAGAAAGACGCAUCAACAUUCUUCAGUCACUCACUGCCAUGAUACCUCCAAGAUGUUCAAAGACUCUAAUCGCUGAGUGGUAUAACUCUUUGUCAUCUGUCAACGAGCAAAUUGAAGAGAUCCAGGAUACUGUUCAUUCUGAGUUCCUGCCUCUGAUUGGGAAAUGCCAGAGCCAGACCGAGGAGCACCUUGCCACCAUGGAUAGAGCGUUUGAGUCUUUGGCCAAGAGAGCUGCUGUGCUAAGUAAGUCACUUUUCAAAUUCACACGUGGGGCAUCUCACCUGUGGGAGGUGCACAGUGCCGGGCUGCAGAGGAGGGAGCAGCAGCUGCAAGACCAGCUGGACGAGGUGCGCUACAGUCAGGAGCAUGAAAUCCAGAAGAAGGAGGCUCAUCUUGAUGUUAUGUUGGACAGACUGAGACAGGAGAGCACUGAAGAGGCACUCAAAAUCACACUGGAGAAGACUCUACACUCCCUGGAUGAAAUAAAACUUGUAUACAUGCACUUCUACAAAGAAGAGGUGGAUACAGUGGAGAGUUAUCCUGCCAUGGUCUUGGAGGAGCUGCACUCUUACAGCUUUGCUGUCAGUCGAUUCUUCAACGUCAAGGAGCUAUAUACCGGUAGUCAGGAUGUCAUUGAUUCCCAUCGGGAGUUUCUUGACUCUCAGUCCAGUGAGACAUUCUGCACCUCUAAAGGCAAUGUGUACAACGGUCAGAGCUUUGUCUCUCAAUGGGACACGGAGCAGGAUUCCAUUCCAUCUGAGAUGGAGUUGGUUGUGUUCCCCAGAAGUCUUCUUGCGGAUCUACAAAAAGAUAUACGUCUGUUGUUUUUCAAUCACCUCGAAGAGAGAUAUCAGACUGCUCUGACCAACACUAUGAAUAUUGUGGCAGCCAAGAAGGAAGCACUGAAGUCAGAGCAGGACCUCCGACUGCACCUCCACCAACCACGGGCUAAGAGAAUCGAGGUGGACAUCCACAAUGUCCGUGCUGCGGAACUGGUACUGCACAGAGAUCGUGUGGAUAGGCACUGUAAAGGCAUCUUGCAGGCCCUUGGCAACUGCCGAACGGACUUCCACGAACUCCAGAUUCGACAGCACAAACUGACUGAGGACUUCAGAUCCCAGAUUUACAGCAUGGAGGAUGUCUUUACCUAUGCCACCAAGUCAGACGUGCUGGUUGGACUAUGUGGUACGCUGCAAUCCAAUUUGGAGAGCCACAUGAACAUCAUUCAGGCAUCACAGAGAAACUUCAGACAGACUCUGGAGUCCAAGCUGGAUGGCCUAAGAGAGACCAACGUCCAGUUAAUCAAAUCCUUUAAGCUGUUCUCAGAUGGAGGGAACUUCACACCCAAAGAGAUAGAGGCGCAUCACAAACGGAUUGAGAAAAUGGUUAAACGUAUCGACACCAACGAUGAGGCCAUAAUGCUGGAUAUGGAGGGGACAGAGUCCAAGUGUCUGGAGCUGGCGAAGGAUGUGAUAAACAGAUUUGAGGAGAAAUUCCACUUUUUGACAGUGGAUUUGAAGUUUCUGGAGAAAAUACAAGGAAUGCUAACAAAUACACAGGUUCAGAUAAAAACAGAGGCAACAAAGAGCAACAUGCAAAAUAAGAAAAUCAACAGCCUCCUGACAGAGUUAAAAACUAUGGUAGAUACUUGUGCCAGAAGCAGUCCAGAAAAGACAGUGACGACAGAUGAUGUUUUCACUUUUACGUGGUCUAUAAUAGAGGAAUUGAGGGCACGAUGCCAUUAUCUUGAAUGCUUUUUGAACCCUUCCAUGGCAGUACUGAUGCCUGAAUGCCCUCUCCAGGGGGCCUUCGGUGUAGCAGCACGCCCCAAGUCCCGCAAGUCAGCAAGCCCUGCCAUAGACGGUCUGCUCCAGCCCAGCCGCAUGGGGGUGUCCUUCAUGGAUGAUGUGGCCGUGGGGGUCAUCAGGGGACUGCUGAGGUCAGAGAGAACAAGCCUAAAGUCACCCAGGAAGCCAAUUCAGAGUCGACAGAGAGGGUCUCAGCAGCAGUCACAGUCAGGUUGUCGUCUCCUAUUGGGCAGAGGUCAGGGGAUUCUGCCGAAUCUGUCAGUGCACAAAGGUCAGAGGGAACCUUUUCUGUGUCGUUAUCACUGGAGCACAAUCAUGCAGAAAUCACUUGUAGCAACAGUAGAGUUACUGUAUAGCUUAGUUUUCCUGGUCAGUUUACAUGGAGACCUAAGCACUCUCAUCUAUUUAUUUUAUAGUGUGAAGAGGUUUUCUAAACCCACUCGCUUUGACAAGAGAUUCCAGGUGUUUGGUCUCAAACCAGAGACACAUGGCGUAACUGCCUUCAAAACUUUGAUAACCAGCAUUCUUUGGAAGACCAAUGAUAUUCUUCUCCUGGUUGCUGAGGAGUUCUAUAAGAAGAAGGAACGCCGGCCUGUCACAAGGCCUCAGUACCUCCAGGAGACGUUUGAACAAUGUGCUGAGGAGAUUAACAAAAGGCUGCUCGUCUACCAGAGCCAAACUCAGGACUACCACAACAAUUGUCUGCAAGAAUUCCGACAGCAGCUGAAAGACAUUGAGGAGGGUCUUUCCAAGGUGCCAGGGGUGCUCAUCUCUAACCUGGGAGAACAACACCUGGGGAGCCUGAGCCAGGACACGGACAACAUCCGUCAACAGCUAGGCAUCACUCUGCAUGAGAGCGAGGGGAGAAAGAAAAAGCACAGUGGCAAGCUGAGUGUGCGUCUGAGCCAUCCUGCUUGUGAGAAAGAGCUGGAGGCCUUGAAUCGUGCUGAAGAGGAGAGACAAAGAGAGCUGACCAAUGCCAUCACGAACACUCUGCAAGAGCUACAAGCAUGUGUGAGGAAACAUGGGGAGGAGUUUGUGAGAGCACUCACCUCUCUGACAGAGAACCUGCUGUUCCAGAUGGACAACCUCCUGACCGUAGAUGAGGUCCAAGUUGGCCAAGCUGAAAUGAAGAGUGAAAAUGUCACCACUCUAAUUCGCCGAAAACAAGCUGGUAUUCCGCUAGAGGAGAAGCAAAGUGCACAUCUAAUACAGCGAGGCAGCAGAACGUGGCCAGGAAUCUCUUACUUUGGAUACAGUACUGAUGAUCCAGUGGAGCAACCAUGCAAGAAAACAGCCUCCAUCACCACUGCAAAGACCACCUUAGGCCACCUGAGAGCAGUGGAGGCCCGUGAAUCUAUGUACCAGUGCUAUGAGCAGCGGUACAGGGAGGAGCUGGCCCGGGCCGUGCAGGAGAGCCAGGUCCAGAGGACGGAGGUGCAGUGCUGGGAGGAACACUGGAGAGGCUUACUGAACACUCUGACCCAGCUCAACGCUGAGUGAGCACCUAGCAACCCCGUACCAGAGCUCACCGUUUUCUACAGCAGGACUAGACUAGAUUCAAAUGAGAUUUCCAGUGACAAAUAAAUUCAUGGUUUGCAUUUUUCUUUCUCUUUCUGCCACUAAGGGAUUGAACUGCUUCGGCAAAAUUGUGUAUGUGUGACUAAUAUUUUAUAAAACGUUAUAUUCAUCAUGAUUGGCUAUAAAACACAAUAUUCAAUACACAGAGCGUAGAUUUUUGUUAAUUCUGGCCGGGAUUUAAUCAGAUCGCAGAUUGUAGUCUAUGGCUUUUAAAGGCAAUGUUCGGUAAAUGCUGUAUAUGUCAGAUCAAUCUGAAAUUACCUUAAAAACUGCAUUUUCGACUGUCCAGUGCGCUGUGCUAUGGAUAGAAUCCCGGACUAACUCUUUACAAUGAAUGCAACUUUGUUGUUGUUAUACAUUAUUUUUUAUUUCAAGUGUUGUGGUCUUCAUGAUUCUACAUGAAGAAAUGGUUAAAACGUCCAAUGUAGCCAUUUCUU